ACAUAAAAGCAACGAUUCUAUGUAACCCCCUUUCUUGUUAGGAAACUCCUUGAUGCAAAAUAGUGAACAGAGCUAUAAUUCAGUAUCAAGUUGUUCUGAAAAGCUUGUGAAUACAUUCAGUCUAUGCCAGUUCUACCAACUGACAUUUUCGACUGAUCAGCGGAGAUUGUUCGCAGUAAAAGAGCACAAUUACUUUCUAUAAUGGGAAAAUUGUUGUUAUCACUGUUCAUUUAAAGUAUUUUACUAUUUCAUAAUUUAUUGUUCUCAUGCCUCUUCUUCUCUGGAAGUCAACAGGCAUACCCAUUUUAGACUCUUCUUCUGCACUUCUUGACUCGAGAUUUUAUUAAUACCCUUUAGGCCCAAUUUUUCUUCUGAUAUCAACAUAUUGCUUAGCAUAUAAAAUGGCACCUAUAAGUAGAAGACGUCAGAACUCAAACGUAUUCGCUAUCUUUGACAAAGCACAGGUGAUGGAAUUUAAGGACGCGUUCAGUAUUAUGGACACCAAUGGCGAUGGCCUUGUAGACAUAGAUGAUUUAAAAGUGACAUUUGAAAGACUAGGUCAACAUGCAACAACUGAAGAAAUUGAAUCCAUGAUGGGUGAUGUGUCAGGCCCUAUCAACUUCACAGUUUUCUUAACUUUGAUGGCAGAUAAACUAGCAGAAACAGAUACAGAAAACGUUAUAUUAAAGGCAUUUUCGGCCUUUGACGAUAAUAGAAAUGGGAAAAUAGACGCGAAAUACUUAAGGGAGUGCUUAACGACAAUGGGCGACCGAUUUACGGAUGAUGAGAUUGAUAUUCUAUUCAAAGGGUCGGUUAUAGAUGAGGAUGGGAAUUUCAAUUACAGGGAGUUUGUGCGAAUACUGAAGCAUGGUGAAUGAAACACCUAUAUACCUUCUAUGGCAUUCUGCUAAAAUAUUGUAAAUAAUCUUUUGUUUUCUCGCACUAUGUAUAUCCAAAUAAAUCUCCACUUAUCACUUGAAAGUAGAACAGUAGU